UUCCCCCAGAGACAAAAUGAAGCGAAUCUACAUUCUGUGGUUGAGCAGGAAAUAUCUCCUUUCGUGAGAGAUGGUUGCCAUGGAGCUGAGAUAGUUGCUUCCUGUUUCUCCAUCCAUCCUGCCUGUGGAUCUGCUGCAGCCAUGGGGAUGUGGCGUGGUCUGCGAGUGGCGUUCAUUGUCGGCUCUUUGUUCAUGAUUCUGCUGAUUAUUGUCUACUGGGACGAUGUAGGGGGGUUCAACCUCUACCCGCUACAAGAUCCCAAACACAACCCCCUUGACUAUUACUCUCAACCUGAGACAUCCCCAGGCUCCUUACACUCCCUUUCUACUGCCACGGUCCUGCCCAGUUCUCUCCUCUCUCUCCCCACCACCGGAGGCAGCACUCCCCCCAUCCCAGAGCAGCUGGAGGUGGGGAGCAAGGCUGAGAGGUACCGAGAGAAAGAAAGGGAGGAGAAGGAAGGGGAGAGAAGGGAAGAACACGAGGAGGAAGAAGGUGAGUGGAGGCAUGCUGAGGAAAGGAGACAGGAGGAGAGGAAGCAGAGCAUUGUAAGUGUGUGCUCAGGAGAGGGGUCGGUGGAAUUUCCUGGAAAGACCCGGACGUUCGACCAGAUCCCCAACAGAGAACUGGACCACCUGAUUGUAGAUGACACCCACCAGAUUAUCUACUGCUAUGUUCCCAAGGUAGCGUGUACCAACUGGAAGAGGGUGAUGGUGGUUCUCUCUCAAUCUCUGGUCUCCCCCUCCUCGGGAAAACCCUACACUGACCCAGAAGCCGUACCUCCUGACCUCGUACACAACUCCUCUCUCCACCUGACCUUUGCCAAAUUCUGGCGUCAUUAUGGCUCUCUGUCCCGACAUCUCAUGGCAUUGAAGCUGCAGCACUACACUAAGUUCCUGUUUGUACGAGACCCCUUUGUUCGCCUCAUCUCUGCCUUCAGGAACAAAUUCGGAAGGCCAAACGAGGACUUUUACCGGCAGUUUGGUUCUGUCAUGCUGCAUCGUUAUGGUAACCUAUCUGGAAGUCUUCCAGAGACAGCAGCCCAGGCGUUUGCUGCAGGAAUCAAACCAUCGUUCCAGCAGUUCAUCACAUACCUACUGGAUCCAGAGACUGAGAAGGACGCUACCUUCAAUGAACACUGGCGGCAGGUGUACCGUCUGUGCCAUCCAUGCCAGGUCCAGUAUGACUUUAUUGGCAAGUUAGAGACCCUAGAGACAGACUCAGAGCAGUUGCUCAGAAUCCUGGGAGUGGAUCACCUGCUUCACUUUCCUACCGGAGCCCGCAACCGCACUGCUGCCAGCUGGGAGAGGGAUUGGUUUGCUGGGAUACCCAUAGAAAUGAGAAGGGAAUUGUACAAGCUGUAUGAGCCGGACUUUGAGCUGUUUGGAUACCCCAAACCCGACAGUGUGCUCCACCGGUAGACCAACACAGAGUGCCAAGUGCCUGGGCACUGAACAAUGUACAGAGCCAAUGCAUUAUCUACCUUUACACCAGUAAAGCCUUUUAUCCACAAAGCUGUUUAAUUUUCCAGUUUUGCCAUACCUCAUACAAGUGGAGUGCCUGCCGGAAGUAAUUCAUGCUGCCCAAAUCUGCCUCAGUUUGCCCACUGUUGUAGCACAUUUCUUAACAUUGUAGGACACACUUGCAAGCUAAUGUAUCUCAGAUUUUCCAUAUCAAAGCACUUUAAAUGGUAUUUUGCUAAGUAAACGUUCGGC